UCCCUUUCCCUCACACACACACAUACUCCCGUUUGCGUUCACAUACCGUGUGCUAGAGAGGCAGAGUGGAGCAUAUGCAGAGGAGAAUGGGCAGGUCUCUGAGUCCGAGGGAGAGAGAGGCAGACAGAUACACACUCUCCUCUCACCAAGAGUAACAGAAGAGAGAGAGAGUGAGGGAAGGAGGGAAGACAGGACUGGGACAACUCACACACUCUGUCUCACAGACAGACGCUAGCUCACGUGAGCUGCUUCCAGGCUGGACGGGAAUAGACGCUCUCCCUCUACACACACAGAUACACACAGACAUACACACUGAGGGUCGUGCCAUGGUGGUCCAGGAGGCUGUAACCCCGGGUAGGACCCGCAGACUCAUGCUCAAACUACCCGUGGGAACAUUACGACGGAACAGUGGAGAGAGGAUGACAGAGGGGAGGCGAUGUCAGGUCCAUCUCCUGGACGACAGGAAGCUGGAGCUCCUCGUACAGCCCAAGUUGAGCAAGGACCUGUUAGAUUUGGUGGCCUCCCACUUCAACCUGAAGGAGAAGGAAUACUUUGGGAUCUCCUACACAGACGAAACGGGUCAUUUCAGCUGGCUGCAGUUGGACCGGAGGGUUCUAGAACACGAGUUCCCCAAGAAGUCUGGACCCAUCGUCCUGUACUUCUGUGUCAGGUUUUACAUAGAGAGUAUUUCCUACCUGAAGGACAAUGCUACUAUCGAACUCUUUUUCCUCAAUGCUAAGUCCUGCAUAUACAAGGAGCUCAUUGAGGUGGACAGUGAGGUGGUCUUUGAGCUGGCCUCCUAUAUCCUACAGGAGGCUAAAGGUGACUUCAUCAGUAAUGACGUGACAAGGUCAGACCUGAAGAAGCUUCCAGCUUUGCCGACUCAGGCCCUGAAGGAACACCCAUCUCUGGCCUACUGUGAGGACCGGGUGAUAGAACACUACAAGAAGCUCAAUGGACAGUCCAGAGGGCAGGCCAUAGUCAAUUAUAUGAGCAUCGUUGAGUCUCUGCCUACAUAUGGAGUACAUUACUACACUGUUAAGGAUAAGCAGGGAAUUCCGUGGUGGCUGGGACUGAGUUAUAAAGGAAUCUUCCAGUAUGACUACCAAGACAAGGUCAAACCCAGGAAGGUGUUCCAAUGGCGUCAGCUGGAGAACCUCUACUUCAGAGAGAAGAAGUUCUCAGUGGAAGUUCACGACCCCAGGAGGGCGUCGGUGACCAGAAGGACGUUUGGCCACAGUGGUAUAGCUGUCCACACCUGGUACGCCUGCCCUGCUCUCAUUAAGUCUAUCUGGGCCAUGGCCAUCAGCCAACACCAGUUCUACCUGGACCGCAAGCAGAGCAAGUCUAAGAUCCAUGCGGCUCGUAGUCUCAGUGAGAUAGCCAUCGACCUGACAGAGACUGGCACUCUGAAGACAUCUAAACUGGCCAACAUGGGCAGCAAGGGCAAGAUCAUCAGCGGCAGCUCUGGCAGUCUGCUCUCCUCAGGUUCCCAGGAGUCGGACAGUUCUCAGACAGCUAAGAAAGACAUGCUGGCAGCCCUGAGGGCCAGACAGGAGGCUCUGGAGGAGACUCUCAAACAAAGAUUAGAGGAACUCAAGAACAUCUGUAUCAGAGAGGCGGAAUUGACAGGGAAGCUGCCUAAGGAGUAUCCAUUGGAUCCAGGGGAGGAGCCUCCGACGGUCAGAAGGAAGAUUGGCACUGCCUUCAAACUGGACGAACACAAGAUCCAGCCGAAGGGAGAGGAGGAGGAGCUAGAGCGUCUAGAGAGGGAGUUUGCCAUCCAAUCCCAGAUCACAGAGGCUGCGAGGCGUCUGGCCAGCGAUCCGCACGUGAGCAGUAAGAAGCUGAAAAAACAGAGGAAGACGUCGUACCUGAACGCGCUGAAGAAACUCCAGGAGAUAGAAAACGCCAUCAACGAACACCGUGUCCGCUCUGGGAAGAAACCCACGCAACGCGCUUCGCUUAUCAUAGAGGAGGCCAACAUGGGCUCAGAGGACAGCUCUCUGUCUGACGCUCUGGUCCUAGACGACGAUGACCCCCAGAUGACAGGGACCCCCACCUUCUCUCCGGCAGCAUCUCCCCAUAAGGGCCUCCCUCCCCGGCCUCCCUCCCACAGCCGGCCCCCUCCCCCCCAGUCUCUAGAUGGCCUCAGCCACCUGCACUACGCCCGCUCCGAAUAUGACAAGUCCCCCAUCAAACCCAAGAUGUGGAGCGAGUCCUCGCUGGACGAACCCUAUGAGAGGGUCAAGAAACGCUCUUCACACUCCAAUCACAGGCGGUUACCCGGCUCUGGUAGUUGUGCGGAGGCAGGAGGCAGUAACUCUCUGCAGAGUAGCCCCAUCAGGAGUGUUCCUCACUGGAGCUCCCAGUCCAGCAUGCCCUCUACCCCCGACCUGAGGACCAGGACCCCUCACUACGUACACUCCACCAGGUCUGUGGACAUCAGUCCCACCCAUCUUCACAGUCUGGUUCAGCACUUUAGGAACCGCAGCUCCAGCCUGGAAUCUCAGGGCAAGCUGCUGGCCUCCGACCCCGACACACACACUCACACACACACCCUGGGAGCCCCCGGCAGCCCAGACAUCUUCCUGGCCCCGGGGACUCGCAGCUCCAAUGGCUCUGACCCGUUGGACGACUGUUCGUCCUGUACCUCCCAGAGCAGCUCAGAACACUACUACCCUGGGGUAGCUCCAGGCUCCAACCCAAACUACUCCACCCUAGGAGAGGACUCCCCUUCCAAAGCCAGGCAGAGACAGAGACAGAGGCACAGGUCUGCAGGUCACCUUGGUUCCUCUAACUCUGGCUCCAUGCCCAACCUUGCAGCCAAGAACGGUUCAGGGUGCGGUGGUACGGGGGUGGCAGGGACUGGGUCAGGGCAGCAUGGGGUGUACCUCCACAGCCAGAGCCAGCCCUCGUCCCAGUACCGGAUUAAAGAGUACCCCCUGUACGUAGAGGGAAGCCCCAACCCGGUGGUGGUGCGCAGCCUGGAGAGUGACCAGGAGGGCCACUACAGCGUCAAGGCCCAGUUCAAAACCUCCAGCUCCUACACAGCCGGGGGGCUCUACAAGGAGACCUGGGGGGGCGAGGAGGGGGGAGAGGGGAGCAGCAGACUCACCCCGUCCCGCUCCCAGAUCGUACGGACUCCCUCACUGGGGCGAGAGGGGGGAGGAGGGGGGAGGGCGGUGGUGUCAGAUGAGUUGAAGUGUUGGUACCAGCGCUCUACGGGCAGUGUAAAGGAGAGGAGUCACGCCGGCUCCAACACGUCGGACAGCGGCUCGCUGCAAGGCACGCUGGGACUCGGACGAGGGAGCAGGGUGGGGACACUCGCCAAGGGAUCACCAGCGUCCCCUCACAGCCCGAGGAGUGGGACUCCCUCUAGUGAACAGGCCGCAACACCCACGCCCCCCUGCAGCCCACAACACAUCCUCAACUGGCAGAGCGGGUCAUUCAAUGAUAGUUGUUUUCUCAGCAGUCCUCUGUGUUCAGAGCUGGCAGAUGUCCAGUGGUACGGACACGACAAGGCCAAACCUGGAACCCUGGUCUGACCACCACCUAACACCUACUGGACCUUACUGACCCUCAACACUGACCCUUACUGCCUCCACCAACCUCUCCUCUAGCCCUGACUAGACUGGCCUCAUCAUGGACAGGAAACCCUCCUCCAUCCCUCCCUUUAUCCAUAUUUCCCUUUAUUAUUUUAUGUGCAUAUCAAGUUUGGUUGAGUUGGAGUUUAUAGGAAGGACAUGCCCAACUGGGCAGGACUAUUGCUGUGGAACAGCCAAACAGAACCGCUGAAUGAUCGUGAACUCUGACCUUUAAUCUCUGACCCUGCUUCAGUCUGAGCCCCAGGUAGACCAGGAGUGGGAAAGGGGGGAGGUGGGGGGGUAAGAGCACACACACACACACACACAACCCCCUGCCCAGACUACACGGCCCUCAGGCCCUGACUUAUAUCUACCCCUGACCCCAGUGUGUUGCCAGCCAAUCAGAGGAUACCUGCAAGAUGAAAUGUGUUUUGGUUCAAAUUCUGGGCCUGUGCGUGUACCCUGGAUCUGCUAAGUCUUUGUUUAUUUCUCUGUAUCGUUUUGUACAAAAAAAUGAAAAUAUUGCUUGGGAGAGACUCAAUUACUUUUUCACCCUUUAGGAAAAUUGCAGAGCAGAUUAUUGGAGAAUUCUAGAUUAUCUGAAAGACAAAAGACAAACGUACAAACAUUCCCAACUAUUAGAAUCCCAAUCCCAACUAUCUAUCCCACAACCAAAGAUCCACCUGACUGACCAAUGGCACCAGUCCCAUGGACACACUGGGAACACUGGUUUAUCAUACUGGAAGCUACACCCCACAUACUGGGAGUUUUCAGAGGAACGGAAAGACUGGUCAAUUCUACUGGGAUCCUACUGGGAGUUCUGAGCACAUCUAUUGGGAUGUCAGUCAUCUGGAUUGGGGGUGUACAACAGCCAGCCAGACUGAUCAACUAGUCUCUGAUAGUGGGACUAUCCACACUGCUACUGAGCAGUGAGCUCCUGGACUUGGAUGUUUUGCCACUAUGCUGGGGCACUGUGCUUAGCUGUACUGGGAGAUUAUGGGCGAACUGGGGGCCCUGCACAGCCAGACCACAAACAGACAGGGACAGACGGGGGGCCCUGCACAGCCAGAUCAGAGACAGACAGGGACAGAAUGGGGGCCCUGCUCAGCCAGACCAGAGACAGACAGGGACGGACUGGGGGCCCUGCACAGCCAGACCAGAGACAGACAGGGACGGACUAGGGGCCCUGCACAGCCAGACCAGAGACAGACAGGGACGGAAUGGGGGCCCUGCACAGCCAGACCAGAGACAGACAGGGACGGAAUGGGGGCCCUGCACAGCCAGACCAGAGACAGACAGGGACGGAAUGGGGGCCCUGCUCAGCCAGACCAGAGACAGACAGGGACCGACUGGGGGCCACAGACACUUCUUCAGGGUUUGGGUCCUGGAGAGCCAGAAUAUGCUAGGAAUCUCUUGCUUAUAGCUAAUGUCUUGAGUUUGGGUGAAACUGUAGCAAUGUGUGUAGUAGUUUUGGGUUGAAUUGGAAUUAAGAACACAUGUAGUUUUGUGGGUUUAUUUCCAAACUAUUUCAUCUGGCUCCUCCCCUUCAUUUGACUUUCUGGUGAGAGGUGAAAGCUAAUGUUUAGGAUGUUUACGGAUGUUUAGGGCUGUGUGGAGCUGUCAAUCACACAGUUGUAGCGAAGGGCACACCCCUCCCUCACAGUCGAGCUGUGCAUAUGAUGAGAUUGGUGAGAUAUUAAACACUUCUCCAUGCGUUGUGACAUCAUAUACCUGACUGUCUGUGCAGUCCUAUGUUAAAAACGGGAUGUAACCCAUGUUUAAGGACCAGUCUGUCUGUGUCACGUCAAUCUGUCAGUCUGUCUGUCUGUCCAACCCCAAGAUUGGUCAUUGUCUCAGACACCAGUGUAGUAUAUUUGGGGGUUAAUAUUUAGAUAAUGCUUGAGACCUGUAAACUCCAGAGGGUCCUCAUUUGUACAGGUCAUUAUCUCAGGCUAUACUCUCUCUGCCUAACAUCUAUCAACCGGUCAGAACACACACACAUCUUGUGUGUGGAUUCACACACACACACAUUCUUUUCUCAGCGGUGCCAUCUAUGUCUUUACUCUAACCCAGCACUGAAAACCAGGGGCGCUACUUUCACUGGGGGCGGGGGGACACAUUCUCAAAUUGCAUUUUUGUCACCCCCAGUUUUAUCAUUGGAAUGUGAUACAAAACUAGGCAACGGUGUUAUUUAGGACCAUGCGGACGCCUUCGAGCAGUCGGGUAGGCUGUUUGGAAUAUUAAUAAUAAUAAUAAUAUGUCCCCCCAACUUCUUAAACCAAAGUCACGCCCCUGCUGAAAACAGCCGUUCACUAAAACUACAAACCAUAUAACUACAAAUCCCACAGGGCCCAGUUCCUAGUCUAGCAGAGGAAGUGUCUGCUGUAUAGAGAUCCUGCUUCCCAGAGCCAAAUGAACAGCAGGAAGAGGUCUAUACACCAAUCAGAGAGAUGUCAAGUUUUCAAUCUAAGUUUUGAUACCAGAGCACAACAUACACAGUUAAACACAAUAUAUGAAAACUAUGGGCUCCCGAGUGGCACGGCGGUCUAAGACACUGCAUCUCAGUGCAAGAGGUGUCACUACAGUCCCUGGUUCGAAUCCAGGCUGUACCACAUCCGGCCAUGAUCGGGAGUAGUGGUGGUGCACAAUUGGCUGAGGUAGGCUGUCAUUGUAAAUAAGAAUUUGUUCUUAACUGAAUUGCCUAGUUGUUUUAUAUAUAAACUAUAGGCCUAUAAUAUACAGAACCAGUUUUCAUCUAGUUCUCCUCCUGACUUUUUGAUACAUAUAAAGGGGAUUAAGAACUUCUGCAUAACAACACAUUCAUGAUGUAAGAGUAAAUCCAGACUUAAUACAAAAAAGUAACAGACACACAUAUAGUAUAGAAAUAAUGUCACACCAGAACCAAACAGGGUGUUUAUAUUAUUGUGCUUCUAUUACUACACUGAACAAAAAUAUAAAUACAACAUUAAAGUGUUGGUCCCUUGUUUCAUGAGCUGAAAUAAAAGAUCCCAGAAAUGUUCCAUAUCCACAAAAAGCUUAUUUCUCUCAAAUGUUGUGCACAAAUUUGUUUACAUCCUUUUUAGGGAGAAUUACUCCUUUGGCAAGAUAAUCCAUCCACCUGACAGGUGUGGCAUAUCAAGAAGCUGAUUAAACAGCAUGAUCAUUACACAGGUGCACCUUGUGCUGGGGACAAUAAAAGGCCACUCUAAAAUGUGUAAUUUUGUCACACAACACAAUGCCACAGAUGUCUCAAGUUUUGAGGGAGCGUUCAAUUGGCAUGCUGAAUGCAGGAAUGUUAAUUUCUCUACGAUAAGCCACUUCCAACGUUGUUUUAGAGAAUUUGGCGGCACGUCCAACUGGCCUCACAACCGCAGACCACGUGUAUGGCGUCUUGUGGGAAAGCAGUUUGCUGAUUUCAUUAUUGUGAACAGAGGGCCCCAUGGGGGCGGUGGGAUUAUGUAUGGGAAGGCAUAAACUACGGACAACGAUCACAAUUGCAUUUUAUCAAUGGUAAUUUGAAUGCACAGAGAUCCAGUGACGAGAUCCUGAGGCCCAUUGUCGUGCCAUUCAUCCACCGCCAUCACCUCAUGUUUCAGCAUGACAAUGAACGGCCCAAUGUGGCACAGAUCUCUACACAAUUCCUGGAAGCUGAAUAUGUUCCAGUUCUUCCAUGGCCUGCCUACUCACCCAUUGAGAAUGUUUGGGAUGUGCUGGAUCAACGUGGAUCAGAGUGUUCCAGUUCCCUCCAAUAUCCAGCAUAAUCGUUCAUCCAUUGAAGAGGAGUGGCACAACAUUCAAAGGCCACAAUCAACAGCCUGAUCAACUCUAUGCAAAGGAGAUGUGUUGCGCUGCAUGUGGCAAAUGCUGGUCACACCAGAUACUGACUGGUUUUCUGAUCCAUGCCCAUACCUUUUUUUAAGGUGUCUGUGACCAACAAAUGCACAUCUGUAUUCCCAGUCAUGUGAAAUGAAUAGAUUAGGACCUAGUGCAUUUAUUUAAAAAGCUCAUUUCCUGAUAUGAACUGUAAGUCAGUAAAAAUAAAAAUGAAUUGUUGCAUGUUGCAUUUAUAGUUUUGUUCAGUAUAGAUGAUGUCAUCAAUGAACUCUGAACUUUGACAUUGGUUUAGUAAGUGAGGCCAUCAUCGUAUCCCACGGUAACAGGGCUGUGACACAGCGAGAACUUAUAACCAUACCCUUGAACCCCUACAUUUAAUUUAUAGAUUCCAUACACCUCUUGCUUACGUAGACCAACUCUUGUUAUAAGCAAAUUCUAAAACAAGUAUUUUAAAGCACACCUUAUGGUUUUGUACUGGGGAAAAGAAACCUUUGACUAACAUUGUUGUAAUGCUGUAUGUGGACAGUCCUUAUUGUGUGUACAAAAACCCAAACAAAACAAUGAAUUGUGGUCUCUGAAGCACAUGUUUGCCUGUGCUUUGUACAAGGUUUAUAUCCUCCAUUGAAUCUUUAAAAAACACAAAUAUAAAACGUGGUUUAAAGGUUGCACAAAAAUCUCACCCUGUCAGAUUAGUUGAACUUGUACCAUGCAGCAAGUUGGACCUGAAAUUCCUUCUGUUUGUAGGGGUUUUACAGCCCCCAACCCUGCCUCACUGCAAGGUGUCCUGGUAAAAUGCUGUGUUUGACCUCUCCUGUAGUUCACCUACUUAGAAUCACUGGGGAACUGCAUUCUGCCAUCAGCUAUGCUAUGCUAUGCUAAGGCUUGUUAGCCUGUCCAUUCCCCCUGAAUGAGCCACCUCUGCUAGCUCACACCAUACCAUGCAUGCUCUGUGGUUCCCGAAACAAACAAAAAUGAACAAAUAAACCCAAAACAUGAGCAGUCCAUGUGGUAAGACCAUCCCUCUCCCCUCACAUUUUCCUCCUAAACAGAGAAUAAUUUCUGUAUCCAUGACAACACCCAGUUUGACCUUUGACUCCUAACCCCUGUGGUAAUCUCUGACCUCUGAGCCCAAUGUGACGCUGUGUGUUGUACCCUCUUCUAUAGCCCCCCCCUUCGACCAUACUAUGUGUACCCCCUACGCCCAUACUGUCUGUACUCCAUAGAAACAUAAAACAUUUUAUAGUUAAAGAAGAUUAAACUAACUAUUUUAUCAACCUCUUUCCUGAACAUGCUGUAUGAAGGGGCACUGUAAGCCUAUGUGGAGUUUUUAACAUUGUUUAAUCUUGUUUCCAAGUUCUAACAUAGUAAGAAUCCUUUCAGGUGCUACAUGAUGACCAGUUACUGCUUUGUCACAUAGGAUAUAGACUCUCCUCAUUGUUGUCAAUAGUUUUAAUACCAGUUUUGCAGAAUGGAAACCGUUCCUUUAGGCGCCAGUUCAGUAAGACACCACUCCACCAGACCAUAGAGCAUGUAACAUGAUUUGAUUUGUUCUCUUCAACGUUAACCUGACAAAAAGGUGUUGUAGGAAAAAAACUAUGUGGAAUUCACACAAAAAAAGACAGAAUUCAACAGUUAAUUUAUAAUUUUUUCUAUUAAGAAUUUGUAUAGUAACUGUACAUUUUUCUAAAUGGUGUUGUUGGCAACUGAUGAUGAAAUGUCCAGAUGAGAAGACUUGGUGGUUAUUGAGAUUAGGAAAAUAAAUUAUUGCUGAAUGUUCUCAA